AUGGAGAUUAGCAAGAGGAUCCCCGUCUCGCGGCGGAUUAGUCCUCUCGGCGUCUUUUGUCUCUGUCUUUGCUGCGUCACCUCGUCCGCGGUCCAGCCGUCCCGCCGAGGCGAGCUCCCCACGUCGUUCGGACGUCCGGUCGUUCCCCAUGACUACCUCCGGGCAGCCGACGUGGCGCAGCAGUGCCGGUCCGUGCUCUCCUCAGGGGCCGAGCUUACGGCUGACGGCCCCAUGGUUCAGGAUCUACACUUCGCCAACGGCGACUGGCGCCAAGACGCCGGCCACGCACCGCUGAUGCCGUUCCCUGGCACUGCCAGCGGCGACGUUGGUGCCGGUACCGAGUUGGCCACCCCUCUCGCGACCUUCAUGCUCACGCACGCCGACACAGUGCAGCGGCAGCGCGCGAGACGCUCCCUCAACGUCAGCGGGGUGCUCACCUUGACCAUCAGCCGCAACUGCUGCUGUUCCGACGACAAGUCUGAGAUGAUGGAUCCACACAGUGGCCGGCGUCCGUCACCGGAGUUCAAGCUCCUUCCUCGUAUUGCCAAGCUCAAGAUACUGCUGGAAGGCGUCUACACGGAGGCUGGUGGUGGCGAGAGGGUGCUGUGCAUGGUCGGGAAUGCUCCCCUCCCCAUGCGCGGCGGGGGCGGCGGCGGCAACACCACGGAGGGGCCGUGGGACUGGGCCAAGAAUAUCGGCGAUGGCAGCAACAACUUCGACCUGCCGGUCGUCGCCGAUGACAAUAUAGUGCUCAUUCUACGGUACCCAAAGGCGCAGACAUUGACAACCCGGGCGGUGCACGGCGAGAUGAUGAGCACGAGCGCCAAGUCGGACAGCGUGUACUUCGACACUGUCCGGCUGGUUUCGCAGUUCGGCGGCCCAUACGCCAGUUACCGGUUCCGGCCGGAGGAGGAAGACACAACUGGGUGCAGCACGUCUCCCUUGUUCUUCUGCGACGACGACGUCGCCGGUGGCUGUGCAGGGGACCUGCACGAAGACGUCCCUUUCUGCGACAUCCUUCGUGCCAACGAGCACGGCGUGCUCGCCGUCGUCCCCAACUGGAACUGCGACUCCACCGAUGAGUUCUGCGGUCGACUGGGACCCUUUGUGAACACGACGGACAGGGCGUUCACGGGUUUUGCCAUCGUGAUGCAAGGCGUUCGGUGCGAGCCGACGAGCGGGCUGGACGGCAAGGCGGCCGUUCUGGUGUCGGCCGUGUUCCGCGCCAUGCCGCCAUGGGAGGACCAGGAAACUGCGGUGAAGCGUGCUGGGCUGAGCGGCAUGACGCUGUCGGCGGAGGGCGUGUGGAGAGUGUCUACCGGGCGGCUUUGCAUGACGGCCUGCCUGGGCACCGGCACCGGCACCGGCAAGGCUGCGUGCCAGCACCGUGUCUCCUUGUACAUCCCCACCACAUUCUCCAUCACCCGCCGCGGCAUCCUCAUGGGGCAGAUAACAUCCAUGGAUGGCAGUCAUUUCCCGCUGUCGUUCCACCGAGCAUUGCAUCCCAGACAGGCCUGGAACAAGGCUGGCGGCUCCGACGAGUGGGUGCGCAUGACGUACAGCUACAACAAGGUGGAGCAGGCCAUGGAGCUUCUCUGGAGGACCAAGCCCUCCAGGAUCUCCAGCAACCUUGCCGCCAUGUCUCUGAUUAGCUACCCAAGGAAACGUGCCCAUGGUGACACGGCGAGCCUCUCCCAAGAUCUCCAACUCCGAUUCCGGGUCGUGCCAAAGCUUCACCCUGUACCAGAAUGGAUCAUCAAGGGACAAUCCUCUGAGCGCUUCUUUGAGCUGCAGAUAUUCUCGAUUGGCCCGCUCGUCAGCUACGUGCCCCGCCAGCAGCAAGAGAGAUGGCAAGAUCAAGAUGGCGUGGAGCAGCGGCAGGAACUAGUGAACGUGUCGGCCGUGCUCACGGAGUCCGGCGGGGUCUUUGGAUGGCGCCCGGUGAUGUCGCUGGAGGGCGUGUACAACCCGGAGGACGGGCGGAUGCACCUGGUGGGCUGCCGAGACGUCGAGGCCCCAUGGCAGGUCAUGUCAAAGAUGAGCGACCUUGAAAGCGGGAUGGACUGCUCCAUCGAGCUGCAAGUGGAGUACCCGCCGACGAAGAUGCGGUGGCUGUUCAGCCCAUCGGCCAAGGUUUACAUGUCCAGCACAAGGGCGGCCGGCGACCCGCUGCACUUCAACCGGACCGAGCUCCCAGCGCUGCAAUCCUUUUACCCCGGGACGAGGUUUGACGGAUUCGUGGGGCAGAACGUGGGGGGGAUCGUCUGCCUCGCCAUGUUGUCGGCCACAAUCGUCGCCGCCAUGAGCCAGCUGCGCUACAUGGAUUCCCACCCGGACGUCGUGCCGUACAUCUCCCUCGCUAUGCUCGGCGCCCAGGCGCUCUGCUACAGCGCGGUGCUGGUCACGGACGCCAUGAUCCUACCCGCGUGGCCGAGGAUGUACGACGGCGACGGCAACUACAGGACGCACGUCCGGCGCUUGCACUGGGACAUGGACUGCUCCAUCAAAGCCCUCGCCCUAGCGGCGCUCCUCCUCACGCUGCGCCUGGCGCGCAAGGUGCGGCGGUCGAGGGUCCGCGCGCGGGCGCGGACGCCCCUUGAGCCAGGACGCGUCCCGAGGGACGGAGCCGGGCUGCACCUUGGCGGCCUCCUGUUCGUCCUCGCCGUGCACUGGCUGCUGGCCACGUACGGCGGCGCGUCGACCAAGCAGCCGCCGCAUGUGGCGUACACCAUGCAAGCACAGGGCCAGGGGGGAUUCUAUAGCCGGCCCUCGUACAAUAUGGCCGCCAUUGUCGAGCGGUGCAUCAGCCUGGCGAGGGAAUGGUUCCUGCUGCCGCAGGUCAUGGGAAACGCCGUGUGGCGCGUCAACUGCCGGCCUCUGAGGAAGAGCUACUAUGCCGGAAUCACCGGCAUGUCGCUGCUGCCACACGUCUAUGGGUUCCUCCGCCCGCCUCCCGCGGUUGACAUGUACCCUGUCCCUGAGGAGGCCCAAGACGGCGCCAUGGACUUGUACCCCAAGGUUGGUGGCGUGGUGGUGCCCCUCGUCGCGGCAGCGCUCGCGUUCUUGGUCUACGUGCAGCAGCGCUGGAACUACAGGAUCCUAGGGUGGGUGAUAGUGGGGAAGGAGAAGAAUAAGAUGCAGCACGUGUACUGA